AUGUCCUCAUCAUAUCAGUUUUUCCCUGGUUUAUUGGAUGAACAGGAGAUAUUGCCUAACGGCUUCUCUGGUAACAGGCAGCCAACAAGCGGAAGGCAGAAUUUCGUGAGAAAUAACUCCACCUAUAGUAAUAUAUCGAAGGUGGAAUACUAUCCAGUGAAUAUAGAUAAGAUGGAUACAGGUCCUUCCAACCAAGAAGAACAAGAACAGCCAUCAGAAGGGAAAAGACAACGAAGACUAAGACGACGACAACAACAACAAGAACAACAAGAAGAAGAAGAAAAAGAAGAAAAUUCCUCUUCGUCUCCUCUUACAUCUUCUUAUGAUUCCAAAUUUCCACCCUUUAGGCAACAAAAUGUUAGUGGGAAAGACAGGAGAAACGUUGGAACGGGCCGUUCCCAAAUGCAAGAUGAGAGAGGUUUUAGUCAUUUAACCAAUAAUAAUAAUAAUAAUAAUAAUAAUAAU